GAAAUAGAAACACGAACAUUCCGGGGCCCCCUCUCACCUGUGGCGGCCACUUCUGCCACGGAGUUCUUACUUUGAGUUUAUGUUUCGCGAAAAAGCAGUUUUCGUGUAACAGUAUUUUUCGACCGGAUUUGUUUAUUUGUUAUCGUUACCGAGAUCGCAAUAGCGAGAAAUUGCUUCACUCUUUUCCAGGCUGUCGCCAAAGUAGGAACAACUAUCGAAAUUUAUUUGUUACGUUUUUUUUUGUUCAAAUAGAAAGUGAGAAAGGCAAAAAGUUGAAUCACAGGCACGAUAAAGAAGUUAUUUUCCCAAGUAAAAGUUUAAUAUCUGAAUAGAGACAGAUAGUCGCCACAAGGAGUAAGUUGUAACACUUGGACGAAGAAGAAGAAAUGGCUACUAAAUCCAAGUCGGCGACGUUCGCGAUUGAAGCUCGUCAUUUUUUGUCCGUGCGACCCGUGAAGAGUGCACCUAGUUUGCGACCUGUUCCAGCAUUUUCCAUCGAGUCGCUGCAGAAGAACACGUACGUGAUGGCUCCUCCCAAGGCGCAAAAAAAUAGAAGUUUGAUGAACCCGAGGGCGACUUCCUUCCGGAUGUACUACGAUCGGGGCGAUUUACCGAUCAAGAUGGAGUACCUCACCGGUGGCGACAAGAUUGCCUGGACCGUGGACAUCGAUAAGCUUGAUUACGCGCUUUAUCUACCGCUUUUCUUCGACGGUCUGUCCGAAACGCGCCACCCUUACAAAACCUACGCCCACCAGGGAGUUCAGGAUCUGUUGUCCCACGGUGGGGACAAGAUUUACCCGGUCAUUCCGCAGCUAAUUAUUCCGAUAAAAAAUGCCCUUAACACGCGAAACACCGAGGUCAUGUGUGUUACACUGAGAAUCAUGCAGCAGCUGGUGAUGGCAUCGGAUUUGAUUGGGCCGGCCUUGGUGCCCUUCUACCGACAGCUGCUACCCAUGUUCAAUGCAUACAAAGUGAAAAACAUAAACUCCGGCGACGCAAUCGAUUACGGCCAGAAGAACAACAUGAACGUUGGUGAUCUGAUAGACGAAACCCUGCAGGUGCUGGAACGCCACGGCGGUGAGGAUGCUUUCAUCAACAUCAAGUACAUGGUGCCGACUUACGAAUCGUGCUAUCUUAACUAGAAAGGGCGCGGAUGUUUGCAUGCAUGUAUGCUUCGCCUUUUGGUGAACGGUAGGUCCAAAGCUCACUCCGCUAUAUGGUACGUAAACGUAAACAACAUCGACCACAUUUAACAUCGGGAGGGGUGCGAAGAGUUUGGGAGGUGUAUAAACAAUUUUUCGAUCACAUCAAUCUUGCUGUGUGAUGUCAUAGGUUGUAGAGAGGGUUGGAGGUUAGACUAAUAUCAAUAUUGAUAAAAAUGAUUAUUACCACUAUUAUUAGCAAAGUGCCAAAUUAGUCAAGUAAAUAUAAGUUGCUGUGUGGGAAUUUGACGAUGGAACUAAAUGCAAACAUCGUUAUGUUUGGAUCGGUUUGGGAGAUGAAACCAAUAAAUUUGCAUAAGGAUACAGUGCAAUACGAGUAUUAGCCAUGGUGCGAUUAUAGACGGAUUUCAAUUUAGUUAAACAAAUUACCCUUAUGCAUACUUACUUUCCAAUAGAAAAUGCGCAGAUCACCUUCUAUCCUACUAUCGAUGCACGCGGCGAUAAAUAGAUACAAUUUUGUCUGUUCAUAGUUCAAUAAAACGGCGUUGAUUAUAUCUUUAAAAUAAAUAAAUUUAUUCCGCUUAGCAUCUAGAAAAAAU